AUGUUCGAUCGUCCAUUGAAUACCAAGUUUAAGCCAACAGGUGGCGCCACAAAUGCUGGCAAUGCGCCACCGCGUCGCAACUCCAUGCAGAAUCCACCACGUGGUAGCGUCAGUGUGAGCAAUACUAACAGCAACAAUAGCCACACCAACAACAGCAACAACAGUCACGGUAGCAGCAACAUUCAACGCACCACCAGCGAAAGUUUGCGUUUGAAUGCGUUGAGUCGUGGUGCUGCAGCCGCAGCAGCAACACUUGCUGAUCUAUCGCGUGCGAGCAGCAACAGCAGCAGCAUUGCUGCUGCAACAACCACAACAACAUCGAGCGCAUCGCUGGCGCCCAAAUCAACCAGCAGUAGCAGCAGCAAUAAUCAAUCGGCCACAGCAACAGGAGCAACAACAACGGCAACAGCAACUGGCAGCAGCAGCAACAAUAGCAGCAACAACAGCAGCAACAAUAGCAAAGCCAGUUCGCCCAACAACAAUGGUGGUGGCACAGCAGCUGCAACUGUUGCACCACGCAACAGCCAGCAACAGUGGCAACAACAGCUGCAACAGCAGCAACAACAACAGCCGCACCAUCAUCAUCAUCACCACCAUCAUCAUCAUCAUCACCAGCAGCAGCAACAGCAGCCACACAUCAGCCACAGCCAGGGACAUCAGCCGACAACAGCAACAGUUGGUGGCAGCACUGCUGGUGUUGCUGCCACCGCCGCCGCCAGCAACAAUCAGCGCAAACCAAAGACGACAUCCUCAUUUCAAAUCACGUCCGUUACGGUUGGACAUGCCAAAUUGAAUGCAGCCGGUGGCGAUACGGGCGAUGAGUCCGCCGAUGAUCUAGAUGAAUCUCAUACGGAUGACAAUAGUCGGAUCACCGAUCUCGAGAACGAGACACCCUCGAUGUCCGAGGACACAUUCUCCAAGGAGGAGGUAUUCUUUGCCAACAAUGCGUUAAGCACAACGGCACCCGUCAUCCCAACCAGUUCACAAUAUGGUCUCGUCGUCGUCGAUCCCACAGCGCCCUCUUCUCUCGGCGGCCAGACCAUCCAGAAUGUUCAGGUGAACGUGGCGGAUAAUAUAAUCAAUGUGGUUAGUACUGGUGGUGGUGGUGUUGUCACACCCGGUGGCACCAAGAAGAAGCACGAGGAUAUGAAGGAGACUCAGCAUCGCAGUGAACGUUUCAAGGUCGUCAAAAUUGAGUCGACAGAGCCGUUUAAGCGUGGUCGUUGGAUCUGCAUGGAUUAUCUGGAUCACUCCAGUGUCGGCGGAGCUGGUGGUGGUGGUGCUGGCGGGGGUAGUGCUGGUGCUGGUGGUGGCGGUGCCGGCAAUAACAAUGAAAAGACUGGCAACUCGGAGGCAUCGCCAAGCGGCGGCACGGCCGACGGGUUUGAGGGGGCAGCAGGCAUGGGAGCAGCAGGAGUCGGUGGUGGUGGUGCACCGAAGACAACGCAGAGCAUGAUACUGCCGCCGACAAUGUUGCAUCAUGAGCCGCCUGCCGCCGCAUCGGACGCCAAUUGGAAUUUUGCUGAGCAGCAGCAGCAGCAUGCUGCACAGCUGCAACAGUCGCUGCUGCAACAGCAACAGCAAUCGCUGCAGCAGCAACAACAUCCACAAUUGCAUCCAGCUGUGUCAGCACUUGCCACGCCCAGUGGCGUAAUGACAGCACCUGCCACAGUCGUACAUGGCAUGCAACAAUUUGUGAACGAGGCACAACAGCAACAACAACAGCAGCAACAGCAACUCUUUGAUAGUGUUAAUGCCAAUGCUGGUGGUGCCACGCCUAAUGCCACAAAUGAGGGCACGCCCCAUGGUCAGACCUUACCCAUGGAUUAUGCAACGGCUGCCGCACAACAGUUGCAACAAUCGCUGCAACAGCUGAAGCAACAGGAGCAAGCAGCAGCAGUUGCUGCUAUGGAUGUUGCUGGCUACAACAACAGCAGCAACAACAACAACAGCAGCAGCACGACUGCAGCAACAGUUGCUGGUGAGCUGACUGUCAUGAGCGGCAGCUACAUCGAACAACAGCAGCAACAACAACAGCAGCAGCAACCAUUGUCGCCGGCACAACAACAAACGCCGCCAACAUUUGCAGCUGUUGCUGCCGGGCAACAGCUACCGCCGCCGUCGUCGUCAAACUUCCAGCUGGAGCCAUCGCAAAUCGAUGGUAUCGUGGCAACAGUUGCUGCCGCAGCAGCAGCACCGACUUCAACAACUUCCACUAGCACGCCAGCAACAAUUGGUGUUGCGACCCAAGGGCAAACGUUGCCAUUGCUGCACAUGAGCAGCUAUGAGCCGCCAGCAACAGUUGUUGCUACGUCCGCAGCAGGAGCAGCAACAGUUAUGCAAAGCGCACCAGCAACCAUUGCUGAUGUGCAGCAAUUGGUUGUUGCCGGCGUGCUCGAUGAGCUGCAAUCGCAAGCAGCAGCAGCUGCAACAUCAGCAACAGCAACGUCAACAAGUAACGCGAGUGUUAGUGCCAACAAUAACAGUAACAACAACAACAACAAUGUGAAUGUGAAUGUGAAUUUAACGAAUGCAAUUGCAACUGGAACAGCAGUGGAUGCAACGACAACAUCGCUCAGCUUAAGCGAUGAACAACAGCAACAACAAUCGACAGCAGCAGCAACAGCAGCUGGAGCAACAACAACUGCUACAGCUGCAACUAAUUCUGCUACGGCAACAACAACACCUGCAGCAGCAGCAACAACAUCGACAACCACACAGCAACAGAUACAACAGCUACAGCAGCAACCAAAUGCAGAAUCCGAGACUGAAAGCUUUAGCCACGCCCCAAGUAAUAACGGUAGUCGCAAGCGUGCUUUUAGCAACCCACACAUACCCUACUCCAGCACCACCACCACUUGCAACACCACCCCGCCGUCGUCGUCGUUGUCGGGGCUGCGUUUGCAGCCGCAUCAUUAUUACUACUACGAUCAAUCGCAUUCCGGCCGGAGUAGUUUCUGCGUGGAUGCCUCACUUUGGCCCGCUGCUGUCAGCGAGGGGCAGCUCUACACGACGACGGGUGCCGACGAGGAUCCCGAGGAGGCAAUCGACCAGUUCUCGCCAACGCUCUACACUCGCCUCGGCUCGAGUCGUGCCAUCAACAUACCCAGCAGCAGCAGCAGCAGCAACAUAAGCAGCAGUGCCGGCAACAGUCCACAGCAUCAUCCGAUGCAUCCGCAUCUGCAUCAUCAUCCGCAUCAUCAGCUGCUGCACCAGCGGCAGCAGCAUGCGCAACGUUCCCUCAGCAUCGGCUCAGCUGCAACUGCAACUGCAACUGCGGCAGCAACUGCAGCAGCAACAGCAGCAGCAGUGGCAGCUUUUAGUGCGAGUCCCACGGGAUUUGUGCAUGGCUAUUCAUCGUUUUAUGCCAGUUCACCGGAUGCUUUGGCGGAGAUGGGUGCAGCUGGUGGCUUUCAACGGUUGCAAGUGCCAAGAGAGGUUGCAACAGCAGCAGCAGCAGCAACAGCAGCAGCAACUGCCGCAAGACGUCCACGUUCGCCGCUGGAUGGCGCCACUGUGUUGGCCGUCAACAGUGCAUCUGGAACGAGUGCAGUUGCGAUUGACAACAAAAUCGAACAGGCAAUGGAUCUGGUGAAAUCGCAUCUGAUGAUAGCGGUGCGCGAGGAGGUGGAAGUGCUCAAGGAGCGCAUCUCCGAGCUGAUGGACAAGAUCUCCAAUCUGGAGCUGGAGAAUAACAUACUCAAAUCUAACAUUGCCCCAGAGACGCUGCAACAGUUGCAGAUGCAGCUACAGAUCACAGGCAGCCAGCAGCCAGCUGCGGUUGCAGCGCCGCCAGCAACGCCAGCUAUACAAGCGGCGCCAGCGUCAACAGUGGCCGUUACCAGUCCAGCGUCGUCGGCGUCAGCGCCAACAGAGAAUGGCACUGACAACAACGGCACCGGCGUCGACGCAACAGUUACAGCAACAGCGGCAGCUUCUGCAAUCGAAGCAGCAGCGCAGCCAGCAGCAGCCGUCGCAGCCGUCAGCACAAAUGGGCCAAUGUCCUAAGCUGUGUGUCUGUUAGUAUUUGUUAGUUUGUUUUAAUUGUAAUUUUACAAAAAAAUGUGAGCCCUUUUAAAUCGGGGUUGGAUUGGAAUGUCGUAAUUUUGUUUGUUGCAGCUGCAACAGCAGAUAUUUAACAGACAGAGCCAAAAGCAGAGUUAGCAGAGUGCAGCUAACAGUAGCAGAGCAGCAGCAGAAACAGCAACAGAAGCAGCAAACAGCGCAGCAACCUUAACAUUAACAUAACCAAGCAAGCAAAAAAGUAUUACAAAUGUGUGUGGGGAAGACAGAGAAUGAGUUGUGCUGUGCUCAGCUUUGCUCUGUUAAGGUUGCGCUAUGUUAGCUGCUGUGCGACUGUUAUUAGCUGCAGCCGCCAUUUUGUUAAUUUCUCGAUUGUGAUAUUUGUUUAACACCACACAUACCUUCACACACAUAUACACACAUACACAUACAAACACAUUUGCACCCACAGUUAGUUGGAUUGCGUGUAACAGUAACUCGCUGCAGCCGGCAGUAGCUGUUAACGAGCAGAGAGUUUUCUUUUAAUAGAGCGCUGCUGCGCCAAAUUUAACAUUCAGGUUCAGUUUAAUUUUGAAUUGUCAAAAAAAAAAACGCUCUUAUUUUAUUUUGUUUGAAUUUGUUUUAUGUUAUUAUUCAAAUCAAAUAUAUAAAAAUGCAAAUAUAAAAAGAAACCUAAAAGUUUGCCUCAAAAAAUACUUAAAUAUUGUAAAAAGUAGAAUUUGAGCAUGCGAAAAAGAGAGAAGAAAAAUAAAGGAGAGAAAGGAAAGAGAGAAGAAA